UAACGUUGUCAAUCAUAUUUUUAUCCUUCUAUCAUCCUGAUAUACCACAUUUAUUAAAAUGCAGAAAAGCAAUUUGGAUCCAAUAAAAGAAGAACCAUCCCCAAAUGAUGGUAAAGAUACCGCCAACGUCGUUGUUUUAGAACCGUUGGCUUGUCCAUGCGCAAAAUUUUUCAAAGCGAGGAAGUCAGAUUCCGGUCCAUGUGACAAAAGUUUCACUUCGAUUUUAAAUAAAGCGUUUAUAUUUCGACGAGAUGUGUCUCUCGAAAAUGCACUUAAAUUACAAGAAAGAAAUCUGCAAGAUAUGUACGCCACGCUUGAUAACGUUGAAGAAAUGUCAAUUGAUACAUCGAGUGUUACAAAAACUACCAGUACUCCUUGUACGCCAUCAGCAUAUGCAUCUAUAGAAGAACCUGAACCGAUAGAAAAACGUCAAAUGGAGUAUUUAUUAAAAAUACAAGAAAUCGGUGGUGGAGAAGAAAAACAAGUGUAUAUUGAACGCGAAGUCAAGAAGGAAGAAAAAGAAGAUAAAACAGAAUCUGAAGCGAUGAGGAUGGCACAAAAAUAUUUAAGAAUUCAUAGAAUUUUCGAGUUUUAUCAGUUUUUAAUCGCUCAUUUAUUAGGAAAUAUGCCAGAGAAUCCAAUCGCUUUUUUAUUGGAUAUUCUGGAUAAGUGUAUUAUUUAUAGAGCAAGUAUGGGUCAACCACCAUUAUUGUUUGAAAAGAAACAUAUAGAAGCAUUAUUUAAUUUGAUGGAUCCAAUGAAGUUGGGAUAUAUUGAUCUAAACCAAUACAAUACAGGAAUGAAAACCUUAGGUGUUUGCACUAUUAAUCCAAACCCUGAUAUGAAACGUGAUCCCUGUUAUCCUUACUUAAUCAGAGACAGUAUGGUAGCAAAAGAAACGUUUAUAGAAGAAGCUUAUGAUAAUUUAGUGAAUUUAUUAAAUGAGCUACUGAAACGUCGUUGGCUUAACCCGAAAGGUGCAAAUAUCGCACCAUUAACAACGCCACCACCAACAUUAGCACAUUUAGUUCCUGGUGGUCAAGGCACAAGAGUAGUUAAAAGUACCGGCCUUGUGUAAAACUUAAAAUUUUAUAACCUCAUUUUUUUAAUAAAGAAAACUUUUUUUAA